AUGAUUGAAAAAGUGACGAUCCUUGGUAAGGAUACCAUCCACGUUGGCUAUGGUAUCCAGAGCCACAUCGUCGAGCAAACCAUUGGCACGUUGGCGCUGUCGACCUACGUCAUCAUCACCGACGAAAACAUGGCCAAGACCGAGCCCUACACCAAGUUGAGGGACUCGUUUGUCGCCCACCUCAAACAGCAGCGACCAGAGCUGCGGUUGCUUACCUACGUGGUACCCCCGGGGGAGAACAACAAGAACCGUGAGACUAAAGCCGCCGUGGAAGACUUCUUGUUGGUGCACGGAUGUACCAGAGACACGGUGAUCCUUGCCGUCGGUGGUGGGGUUAUUGGUGACAUGAUUGGCUUUGUCGCCGCUACGUUCAUGAGAGGUGUUCGGGUGGUGCAAGUGCCCACUACCUUGCUCGCCAUGGUCGAUCUGAGUGUCGGCGGUAAGACGGCCAUCGACACUCCGUUGGGGAAGAACUUCAUCGGGGCGUUUCACCAGCCCGAGUACGUGUUUAUCGACGUCGAAUUCUUGCAAACCUUGCCUCAACGUCAGCUUAUCAAUGGGAUGGCGGAAGUGGUGAAGACCGCUGCCAUCUGGAACGAGGACGAGUUCACUCGCCUCGAACAAUUCGCCGAUACUUUCCGCACUACUAUCGCUCAAGAAAAACCUGACUUGGUGCUGAUUAAGCCUGAGCUCAUCAAAACGGUGUUGGAGUCAGUCAGAGUUAAGGCCCAAGUGGUUACUGCCGACGAAAAGGAAGGCGGUUUGCGGAACUUGCUUAACUUUGGCCACACCAUUGGCCACGCCAUUGAAGCCGUGUUGACCCCUCAAGCGCUCCACGGUGAGUGUGUGUCCGUGGGGAUGAUUUUGGAGGCUGAAUUGCUGCGGUACCUUGGGAUCUUAUCCGACGUGGCUGUGGCCCGUUUAGCCAAAGCCCUCGUCGCUUACGGCUUGCCCGUUACCGUUGAUGACCCCGAGUUCUUGCGUAAAGUGGGCUACAAGCGUAAGUUGCUCAACUUGGAUGUCCUCAUUCAAAAGAUGCUUAUCGAUAAGAAGAACGACGGGCUGAAGAUCCGCUGUGUGUUGUUAGAGUCGAUUGGGAGAUGUUACCAACAAAAGGCUCACCAGAUCUUCAAGCAAGACAUUGGCGUGAUCCUUACUGACGAAAUCAUCGUUCACCCUUUCACUAACCCUCCUCAACAACUGACAGUGGUGCCUCCGGGGCUGAAACUGAUCCUGAACCGGGCCCUUGUGCUCGCUGCUUUGGGUAAGGGGACCGUUAAGAUCAAGAACUUGCUUCAUCUGGACGACACCAAGCACAUGAUCGACGCUGUUGAGGCUUUACAGGGUGCUCGUAUUGUUGGUACGGAAGACAACGGUGACACUUUGGUUAUCCAGGGUGGUGGUAAAUUGACUCUGGUGGAGCGUCCGUUAUACUUGGGUAACGCUGGUACCGCGCUGCGAUUCCUCACUACGGUGGCGUCGUUGGUGCUGGGCGAUGUCCCCGUGGUUUUAACUGGUAAUGCCAGAAUGCAAGAGCGUCCUAUUGGUCCUCUUGUCGAUGCUCUUCGUCUGAACGGGGUCAGCAUCGAGUACAUGAACCGCGAAGGGCUGUUGCCGCUUAAGAUUGCCGCUAACCGCGGGCUUAAGGGUGGCCGUAUUGAGCUUGCCGCCACCAUCUCGCUGCAGUACGUGUCGCUGAUCUUAAUGGCGGCUCCCUACGCCGAUGAACCUGUCACCUUGGCCCUUGUUGGUGGUAAGCCGAUCUCGCAAUUGUACAUCGACAUGACCAUUGCCAUGAUGGCUCAAUUCGGCGUUAAAGUGGAAAGGCUGACCACGGAAGAAUACACCUACCAUAUCCCCAAGGCCACCUACACUAACCCUGCCGAGUACGUGGUGGAACUGGACGCGUCGCUGGCCACUUACCCGUUGGCGUUUGCCGCCAUGACUGGCACUACUUGUACCGUACCCAACAUUGGUCUGGAGCUGUUACAAGGGGAUGCUCGUUUCGCCGUCGAUGUGCUUCGUCCCAUGGGUUGUACCGUCACUCAAACAGCGACGCUGACCACCGUCACUGGUCCUAAGCAGCUUAAGCCGUUGCCUGAAGUGGACAUGGAACCCAUGACCGAUGCGUUCUUGACGGCGCUGGUGGUGGCGGCGAUGGCUCCCGGGGCUUCUCCUACUAGAAUUUCGGGUAUCGCUAACCAAAGAGUCAAGGAAUGUAACCGUAUCGAGGCUAUGCGUACCGAGUUGGCCAAGUUCGGUGUUAAGACUGACGAGUUCGACGAUGGUAUCAUCGUCUUUGGCGCGGAGAAGUUGCAAGUGCCUCAAGAACCCAUCGACACCUAUGAUGACCACCGGGUGGCGAUGUCGCUUUCGCUUCUCGCUGGGGUGUGUGGUGGUGAUGUCAUCAUCAAGGAAAGACACACCACGGGCAAGACGUGGCCGGGUUGGUGGGACACUUUGCACACCACCUUUAACUGUCAAUUGGACGGUUACGAAGGUGCUCACGACCAGGUGCAAACCACUAAUGGCGAUAAGCUGGUGAUUGUCAUUGGCAUGAGAGCUGCCGGCAAGACCACUCUUUCGCAAUGGAUGGCUGACAUCUUAGGGUUCAAGUUCUUGGAUAUGGACACUGUGUUUGAACUAAAGCAUGGUGCUAUCCCGGAAUUUGUCGGUGCCCAUGGCUGGGACGAAUUCCGCGUCAAGGAAGCUGCGUUGUUGAAGGAAGUGUUGGCUAAAAACGCCACCAAAACCGUCAUUUCCACUGGUGGCGGUAUCGUGGAACUGGAGCUGGCUCGUAAGCUUUUACAAGCUUACUCUGGAAUUGUUCUCCACCUCCACCGUGAUAUCGGUGAAACUAUUGCAUUCCUCAAUGCCGACACUUCGCGCCCUCUGCUUGCCGAAGAGAUCGAACAAGUGUGGGAACGUCGGAAGCAAUGGUACAAAGACUGUCUGAACUACCACUUCUACAGCAACCACUGCGCUACCAGCGAGGAGUUCGUCCAGCUUAGAGGAUCGUUCUCGCGGUUUGUGUUGCUUAUCACGGGUCAACGUUCGGUGACUAUCCCUAAACUGCGCAGCUUGGUACUUCAAGUGAGCCUUGACGAUGUGUUCAACCGCGUGGAAGAAUUCGCCACUAAAGUUGCUGGCUGUGCUGCUCUUGAAUUGGAUGUGGGCACUCAAGCCGUGGGUGCGGAUAUCUCGUUGGCAGUGAGCCAGAUCCGUAAGCAUGUCGAUGUCCCUCUUGUGAUCAAUGUCUCUGCCGAUGCUUUGGUGGAAGCUCAUGCCGCCCAGGCGUUCAAGUUGGCGGUUGAGUACGUGGCUGUGCCCUUGACUCUCGACCAAGACGUGCUUGACCGCGUGGUGCUGAAGCGCGGCCACUCUAAGGUGAUUGGUGUUUACGCUUCCACCUUGAAGUGGGACGACUUGGACUGGAUGAACAAGUACAACCAAGCGCUCAACUUGGAUGCCGUUCGCUUCAUUGGCAUUGGCGAAAGACUGUUUGCUGACAACGCCGAUGUCGAAGUCUUCCGGGCUACGGUGCUGGAAGUUCCUCUUUCGGCUUACAACGUUGGCACUCACGGCAAGUUGUCCCAAAUCACCAACCAAUUGUUUACUCCGGUUCUGCUUGAUCUGGGAGUGGCCGAACUUAACCAGUUAUACACUCAAGUCGGCGGCUUGGACCACUUGAAGUUUUGGGUGGUGGGGCUGCCGAUCGCUCACCUGAGACUGCCUCAAUUGCACAAUGCUGGUUACAAGCAAUUGGGUCUUCCCUACCACUUUGACCGGUUUGAAGCUGAGGUCGCCAAGCCCGUUUACAACGAGCUUAUGACUCGUCCUGACUUCGGUGGCCUCGCGGUGACGAUGCCCCUCAAGUUGGACAUCAUGAAUUAUGUCCAAGAGCUCUCUGACGCCGCAAAGAUCAUUGGCGCUGUCAACACCGUUAUUCCCAUUGGUGACAACAAGUUCAAGGGUGACAACACCGACUGGGUGGGCAUUACUCAGCUGUUCGCUCGCUAUGCUGGUGUCACCACUGCUAGAGGUAAAGCCGGGGUCAUUGUCGGUCUGGGCGGUACCCUGAGAGCAGCUGUCUAUGCUUUGAACGCUAUGGGGUGUGAGUCGAUCUACAUGAUCAACCGUACCGCGUCCAAGGUGCAAGAAGUCAAGGACAGCAUGCCCUUCGACCAACUUAAGGUUGUGAACACCGAGGAAGAAGCUAAUGCCAUUGAAAAUGUGGCUGUGGUUGUUUCUUGCGUGCCCCUGGGGCUGCCCAUUGACGACCUGGUGAUGGCUAAGAUCACUGCCGUGUUGAAGCACAGCCUGGGAGCGUUGUUGGAAGCUAGCUACAAGCCUCCGGUGACGCCGAUGAUGAAGUUGGCUGAAGAACACGGGUGGAAGGUGAUCCCUGGGGCCGAGAUGUUGGUGAACCAGGGUGAUCGCCAAUUCGAGUUGCACACUGGCUACAAGCCUAAUUACCAAAUUAUUCACGAUGCCGUGGUGAAUGGCGACCUGUAA